AUGUAUGAUAGGGCGAGGAUCGGUGUUCGAACACCGGUGGGAAGCAUAGAGCUUUUCUCGGUAGAAAUGGGCCUACACCAGGGUUCGACGCUUAGCCCAAACCUUUUUACAUUGAUCUUAGAUGAGUUGUCCAGUGGCCUUCAGGAGGAACUACCGUGGUGCAUGAUUUUUGCCGAUGACAUUGCACUGAUUGCGAGAUCGACAGAGGAGCUAAAUCGUAGGUUAGAGAAAUGGAGAGAAGCCCUUGAAGACAAUGGUUUGUGUGUGAGCCGAGAGAAGACUGAAUACCUACGAUGUGACUUCGAUAAACAGGAGAUAAGACAAAAUGAGGAUGAGGUACCUGGGAUCGGUGAUACACAAAUCGGGGGGGAGGGGAUAGACGAAGAUGUGAUACAUCGAAUCCAAGCUGGAUGGAUGCGGUGGAGAGCAGCUUCUGGAGUCAUGUGCGACAAGCGGAUCCCGCUACAACUGAAAGGCAAGUUCUACAGAGUCGCUAUUAGACCGACUAUGUUAUACGGGUCAGAAUGUUGGCCGAUGACCAAAGUCCAAGCAUCUCGAGUAGAGGUAGCAGAGAUGACGAUGCUAAGGUGGUCUUGCGGGAAGACCCUAUCAGACAGGAUUCUCACGGGAGUUUUUAGAGCCGAACUUGAAGUAGGGACCAUCAUUAACAAGUUAAGAGAAGGGCGCUUGAAAUGGUUUGGCCAUGUUAGGAGAAGGGAUCGAUCAACACCACUAAGGAGAGUGGAUUUUAUUUACGUCAAAGGCACACGAAGAAGGGGAAGGCCUAAGAUGAGGUGGGAGGACCGAUUAGCGAAGGACCUAAUAGAACUUGGUUCAUUGCUCAUGGCAUGA